GGGGCCCACGUUCCCUUUUCUCAACUAGGUUUCAACUUGAAAGCGAUUACAGGUUGAUACUAGGACUUAUAUCAAUAGAAAAAUUAUAUAAUUAUAUCUAGUCAAUCAAUGGGUAAUUGCCAUUCUGUCAAAUCCAAUGCAACUAAACUUGGACCCAAUAGUGAAUCAUUUAAUAAUCGGUGUGAUGUAACCAUAUCUCAACACACUGAUCACGAAAAGGAUCUUGUGUAUCCCGCCCAUCUCAAUGCCAAUGUUGAUCUUAACGGGAAAGACACUCUACAACCGUUUUUUGAACAAGAAAAGACAAACACUUAUAAGGAUCCAUCCCCUCCCGGUUCAGAUCUCAUAGAGCCCGUUCAUGGCAAUGGAGGGGAAUUGCGACCUCUAGGGGUGACGAAGAACAGGAGUCUAGUUUGUAACGGCUUCGUAAAGCGCGAGGGCAGUCCUGGGGUGUGCCGCUCUGUGAGGAUUUGUCAUGAGAAUUUCAAAGCAAGAAAUAGCACCAGAUGUUUUGGCAAUAGAGCCCGUGGAAUAAAAUCACCUAUCCCUAGUACGCCUACGCAGCGGGCGUUCGUAAGAUUGAUAUCUGAAAACCCUGCGAGUGCUGAUAUUCUAUCACCACAUGAUAGCGACAACGAUCUUGUAUUAAUAUGCCUGGAUUGCGGAAUGACGAUAGAUGAGGAGAGCGUAGGUAUCGUCUGCCCAUUAACAGCCAAACUCCAUGCAUGAGUAUAAGCCUGUACAUCAGAAAUUGCUCUUGGAAUUUGAGGAUAUUUUUUGGAAGCUUCAUUUUUUUCUUGUAUGGUAACAUUAUUUUCCUUUAUAUUAUUGAAGUCUUCAUGUGGUAAAUGAAUCAUGUUUUUAAAAACUUUAUCACUAUCUAAAAA